AGUGUGUUUGUAGCCGCCGACUCUUCUGACAGCUAAAGAUGAUCGUUCGCUCGGAUAUGGCUUCCAUCUGGCUCUUGUUAUUUGUCUUAAAUUGUAUUUUGGGGCUCGGUUCCUCGGAUGAUAUCGUCGUCGCGUGCGGAGGGUUUGUGAAAUCUGAAGUUGAAAUCAAUUAUUCUCUGAUCGAGAUUAAACUCUACACCAAACAGGGGUCCCUGAAGUAUCAGACUGACUGUGCUCCCAUUAACGGUUACUUCAUGAUUCCUCUCUAUGACAAGGGAGACUUUGUGUUGAAGAUCGAGCCUCCUCUUGGUUGGAGCUUCGAACCCACCAGCGUCGACCUUUACGUGGACGGAGUCAGUGACAUCUGCACAAAAGAAGAAGACAUCAACUUUGUUUUCACCGGUUUCUCCAUCUCAGGGGUGGUUUUGAGUAAAGGUCAUCUGCUUGGUCCCGGCGGGGUGGAAGUCAGACUCACCCGAGCGGGAACGGAUGGCAGACUGCAGACUGUGGUCACGCAGCCUGGAGGAAAGUACACCUUCUCCAAAGUUCUUCCUGGAGUUUAUGACAUCACAGCAUCUCAUCCCUCCUGGACUUUAGAGCAGAGUGUCACAUCAGUGCACGUGUCCAACUCCAACUCCGCGGCCGCCGACCACCUACUGGUCGCAGGCUAUGACGUGUCGGGGGAGGUGCGCAGCGACGGCGAGCCCAUGAAAGAGGUCACCUUCCUGCUGUAUUCUACCACCGUUAAGAGAGAGGAUGUCAGCGGCUGUAAUGUCUCGCCAGUAGAGGGCGCUGAUCCUGGAGAUGGCGCUCUGGUCUACCUGUGCAGCGCUCUGUCCCGGGAGGACGGCUCCUUCACCUUCGCCUCACUGGCCAGCGGCGACUACACGGUGGUGCCUUUCUAUCGCGGGGAGCGGAUCACGUUCGAUGUGGCGCCGUCCCGAAUGAACUUCAGGGUGGAACACAACAGUUUAAAACUGGAGCCCAUCUUCCGCGUCAUGGGCUUCUCUGUGACGGGCCGAGUUCUAAACAGUGUCGGAGGAGAGGGUGUGUCCGAUGCCAGCGUGUCACUGAACAGCCAGAUCAAAGUUGUCACCAAGGACGACGGGUCCUUCCGUCUGGAGAACAUGACAGCUGGUACCUACACUAUCCGGGUCCACAAGGAGCUCAUGUUCUUUGAGCCAAUCACAGUGAAGAUCGCCCCCAACACGCCGCAGCUUCCUGACAUCAUCACAGCGGGGUUCAGUGUCUGUGGUCGGAUCUCCAUCAGCCGCCUGCCUGAGGGCAUGAAGCAGCAAGGUCGCUACAAGGUCAUGCUGACAUACCGGGGUCAGGACAAGACUACCAAUUGGAUUGUGGACUCCGACCCUCAGGGAGGAUUCUGCUUUCAGGCCAAACCUGGUGACUACAGCGUCCAUGUUUCGUUACUUGAGGCAGAGGUGAAGGCCGGCUUGGCGCUGCAGCCGCGGUCCCUGGAGGUGUCUCUUGUGGACCGUCCCCUCACAGACCUUCUCUUCACACAGUUCAUGGCCUCUGUCUCUGGAAAGGUUUACUGUUUAGCAUCAUGUGAUGAGCUGUUGGUGACCCUGCAGCCAGUCAGUCGCCAAGGUGAGAGAAGGACGGUCACUCUGUCAGGCGGUGGCGACGACAUCCUCAGCUUCUCCUUUGACAAUGUUUUACCUGGAAAAUACAAAGUGAGUAGCUCUCACGAGGAGUGGUGCUGGAAGCACAAGUCUGUAGAAGUGGAGGUUGUGGAUUCGGACGUCUUGGGGGUGGAGCUGAGGCAGAUCGGUUACAUCCUCCGCUGUUCCCUCUCUCACGCCAUCACUUUGGAGUUCUUCCAGGAUGGCAGCAAACCUGAGAACGUGGGCGUGUACAAUCUCUCUAAAGGAAUCAACCGAUUCUGUCUUUCCAAACCCGGUGUUUACAAAGUCACGCCUCGCUCCUGUCACCAGUUUGAGCAGGACUUCUACACAUAUGACACCUCUGCGCCCAGCAUCCUGACCCUGACCGCGGUCCGACACCACAUGACCGGACUCAUCACCACCGACAAGCUUCUGGAUGUGACCGUUACCAUCAAAUCUUCCAUCGAAAGUGAGCCGGCGUUGGUGCUGGGUCCGCUGAGGAGCCAGCAGGAGCAGCGGCAGGAGCAACAGCUGCUAGAGAUCCAGCUGCGCCGCCAGGAACGGGAGCGGCGUGUGGCUGAAGAGGACGGCGGCACCCGGGACGAUAACCCUCCUAUCCAAGAAAAGGCAGAUGAACUCACUGGACCUUUCCACUACGAGUUCUCCUACUGGGCCAGGGCCGGCGAGAAGAUCACAGUCACGCCGUCCUCUAAAGAACUGCUCUUCUACCCGCCUGAAGUGGAGGCCACCAUCACUGGAGAAUCCUGUCCGGGUCGGCUGGUGGAGAUCAGCGGGCGCGCGGGUCUCUUCCUGGAGGGCAAAGUGUCACCAGAGCUCCAAGGUGUGGAGAUUUCCAUCAGUGAAAGAGGAGCUGCUGCCCCUCUGAUCACUGUGGCCACCAACGAGAAUGGAGCCUACAGAGUGGGUCCGCUCCACAGCGACCGGCACUACGACAUCAGCGCCAACAAGGAAGGCUUCGUCCUGAGUACUGUGGACGGAACCCGGGGAGACUUCAAGGCGUUCGCGCUCGCCGGUGUCACCUUCAAGAUAAAGUCGGAGGAUGGUCAGCCUCUGGCCGGAGUUCUUCUGUCUCUCAGUGGUGGACAGUUUCGGUCCAACUUGUUGACCCAGGACACCGGUGUCCUCACCUUCAGCAACCUGAGUCCCGGUCAGUACUACUUCAAACCCAUGAUGAAGGAGUUCCGCUUCGAGCCAGCGUCUCAGAUGAUCACAGUGGACGAGGGUCAAAGCCUCAGCAUCGACAUCACCGGCAUCAAGACCGCCUACAGCUGCUACGGCCUGGUUCAGUCUCUGAGCGGCGACGCAGAGCGAGACGUUGCCGUGGAGGCAGUGGGACAGGAUGAGUGCAGCCUGUACAGCGAGGACACGGUGACCGACGAGGACGGACGCUUCAGACUCAGAGGGCUGCUGCCUGAUUGCAGAUAUGUGAUUCAGCUGCGAGCUGAAGGCAACGACCACAUCGAGCGAGCGUUACCGCAACACAGAACCAUAGAGGUUGGCAGCAGUGACAUCGAUGGGGUCAACAUCAUCGCCUUCAGACAAAUCAGUCAGUUUGACCUGAGCGGGAAUGUCAUCACGUCCCCCGAGCACCUUCCCACGCUGUCGGUGAAGCUUUAUCGGACCGACAACCUGGACAACCCCAUCAACAGUGUCUCUCUGGGACAGUCGCUCUUCUUCCACUUCCCCCCUCUGGACCGAGACGGAGAGAGCUACGUGCUGAUGCUGUACUCCACACUGUCCCGCUCUCAGUACGACUUCACGCUGCCGCAGGUCUCCUUCACAUCCAGUGGUUACCACAAGCACGUCACGCUGACCUUCAACCCCACGCGUAAGGUGCCGGACCAGGACGUGGCUCAAGGUUCCUACGUGGCCCUGCCCCUCACGCUGCUCCUCCUCUUAGCCGCGUAUAACCACGAGAAGGUGAUCCCGCUGCUGCUGCAGGCGGUCAACCGUAUCCAGGGCGUGAGGAACAUGGCUCAGGCUGGCGGCGACGGCGCGGCGCUGGACGAAGCCAAACGCCAGGCGAAGAGACAGAAAACCAGGCGGACAUGAGACCAGCCGCAGGCCACACCUUCUCCUCCUGACGCCUCCACAGCGCCCUCUGUGGGUGAACUGUUUUCUGUGCAAAGGUGAGAUUCAAAACUGUGAAACCCGACACCAGUCACUGCGACCAUGUGACUGCCUCAUCAGCCAAUCGGAGUCACUGGAGUGAAACACUUCCUGUCUAAUGAAGUUUCUCACUGAAUGA